AAGUGGCUGAUGGAGGACCGGGAGAAGCCCCCGGCUCGAGACUGCAGAUUGGAUGCAGCUAGCCCUGCGGGCGGCUAUGAGUCAUAUUUAGACACAUGGCACUUGGGUGGCUUUUGGAGCUCCAAAGAGCUCAUCCAUUGCGGGCAGUGGGGCACCCACCAAAGCUAGCGCCAAACGCCGUGUGGGGGACGUACCACACACACUCACCCACGACUUCUGGUGCGACGCGCAGCGCGAGCAAGAAAGUGAGGCGUUGGCGCGGCUUUUUUGGCGACUCGCGGAUGGACACGAAUGGCGGGACCAUGCGUCAACGAGCUUGGGGCAUCAACGGUCCUGUGAAGAAGCCCAUCGAUCUGGAGAGGACCUUCACUCUUCCAGGGUCCCCUGGAUUUUCCAGACUCGGUAUUCGUGAAGAAACAGAACAGGUACCUGUCCAUCAUGCGGCACGAUUCCAUACACGUCGCAUACCUACCUACCGCAUGUUGGGCAGCGACUUCGAUUCUGCAAGCGAAAUUUCGGGUGCUAUCUCCCCCUCGGCCUCAUUUCCAUCAAACCUGCCCAAAUUGACGCCUGCUGUCUUUCCUGUCUGCUUCAACCAGACCACCUGCCCACCCUACUCACCCCGGUUCAUCUCCAUCUUCUCGUGGUCCACGUGCUAUUUUUGGACCGCCAGAUGUCGGAGAGGUGACCUCAUUCUAGCAUUGGCGAGGUGGACAGCAUCAUAGAGCGAGCGGCUACUGAAAUUUGCAAAUGCUACUCGCGCCGCUUCGCCUCAUAGCUAGUAGUCGUACGGCGUGAAGCCAGUCGGUCGGUCGAGAUCCGCCCUUUCCACGGGCUGGAGUCCUCAAACAAGUCCGCGGGCGGCUACAGGUUCGUAGAGGCGAGAUUGCGGUCCUCCUUCGGGCCUGAGGCUCCCAGCGUCAGAGAUU